AUGCUCCCUCUCAAUAUUUCAGAAGUUGAAAUCUCAACGUUCCUGUUACUUGGGAUACCAGGACUGGAGCAUGCACACAUUUGGCUCUCCAUCCCUGUUUGCUUCAUGUACUUCGUGGCCAUCCUGGGCAAUUGCACUAUCUUAUUUGUUGUCAAGACGGAGUCUUCUCUGCAUGAACCCAUGUACUAUUUCCUCUCCAUGUUGGCCCUAUCUGACCUGGGCCUGUCUUUGUCCUCCCUCCCCACUAUGCUGAGGAUCUUCUUGUUCAAUGCCAUGGGGAUUUCUGCUGAUGCGUGCAUUGCCCAAGAAUUCUUCAUCCAUGGAUUUACAGACAUGGAGUCUUCAGUGCUGCUGAUCAUGUCUUUUGACCGUUUUGUAGCCAUUCGCAACCCUCUGAGAUAUAGCUCUAUCCUCACUAACUCCAGAGUUGUGCAAAUUGGACUGGCAUUUGCUGUUAAGAGCAUUCUCCUUGUGCUUCCACUUCCGUUUACUUUAAAGAGACUUAGAUACUGCAAAAAGCGCUUGUUAUCACACUCUUACUGUCUCCACCAGGAUGUUAUGAAGCUGGCCUGCUCUGACAAUAGAGUGAAUUUUUACUAUGGUCUGUUUGUUGCACUCUGCAUGAUGUCAGACAGUGUAUUCAUUGCUAUUUCUUAUGUGUUCAUCCUAAAGACUGUAUUAGGCAUUGCAUCACAUGGGGAACGCCUCAAAGCUCUCAACACCUGUGUCUCCCACAUCUGUGCUGUGCUCAUAUUCUAUGUGCCCAUCAUCACCUUGGCGACCAUGCAUCGCUUUGCCAAACAUAAGUCUCCUUUGGCUAUGAUUCUGAUUGCCGAUGCUUUCUUGUUGGUGCCGCCUUUGAUGAACCCUAUUGUAUAUUGUGUGAAAACUCGCCAGAUUAGAGUGAAGGUCUUGGAAAAACUUGGUCUGAAUUCUAAAUGA